AUGUGUGCUGCUCUUAUUCGCAAGGCAUUUACCCCUUUCACAAAAUGCCAGGUCCUUCUUCUCAAAAUCGAGGAUGUCCCUGUCGGAGCCGGUCUCCCCAAUCUACUAAUAGCUAAAAUAUUCGAUCCACGUUUCAACUACGAGCGCAAAAAUACAUGCAAAAGACGAUCUUACAUCCCCUGGUCCGCUGCCAAAGAAAAGGCCGCAGCUGAUCGUCGUGCAUUUGCACCAGGUGAUGACUUUAGUAUCCCUCAAUGGGAGAGAGUUCUUGGAAGCCUCGUUGUGGGAAGAAAUCUACUAUCACGCCUUGGGCACCUUCAAGGUUCUACCAUCCCCCAGCUCUAUGCUUCGGGUCGGGUCGCUUUAGGUCAUGGAGAGAACCCCGCAACUAUCCAAGACCCUCAUUCAGCUCCUAGUUCAGCAUACCAGGAACUCGUAAAGGCUGUGAGCACCCUCGCAUCUUUCGGUGUCAUCUAUGCUGAUAUGCGCCCAGACAACAUUGUUGUAUCUAGCAGUCACCCUAGACGAGUGGUGCUCAUCGACUUUGGGCUGUGUCAAUUUCGUACUAAUGAGGAUUCUGACGAUGACUGGCAAGAGAUUGUCCUAUGUGAAGGGAGCUCCAGCUCUAUACGGAAGAGUUGGGCAUUUUUGGCACCAAGAAUGAUACGUAUCAUGCUCUGGAGAAAGUAG